AUGGAUACGAGCCACAUCCAGCCCAUCCUUCGUUCUUCCGAGACCCUAAAGGAGUUUGAAGAUCGUCAGUAUCUUGAGGAUUUGACUCGAACUACCACCUUUCCUCCUCUUCCUCCUCCCACUCCUCCCCAUCCCUCUUCUUCUUCUCCUAUUACAUUUGCUCCUUCUUCUACUCCCCCUUCGACCUCGACUUCUUCUGCUCGUCUUAAACAAAUUGCCCCAGCUCCUCUUCAUAUCCCUGACCAACAGCACCAGCAACAGCAGCAACUUUACUUUCAACAGCAGCAGCAUCUUCAACCUCAUCAGAUUCUUCAGCACCAGCAACAGCAUCAGAUUUAUCUUCAGCAGCAACAACAACAGCAACAGCAGCAAUUACCUCCUCACCCUUACCAACAACAACAACAACAACACAAUCAACCAACCCAACCAACCCAACCACCUCAAAUGGCAUACACAGAACACCACCCCUACAACCAAGAUGACGAAAUGUUGAACCCAAGCGAUUUCCGAAAACGCGACCACGAAGCCGUGCACGGAGCCUCACUCCUAGCCCCCUCACGGUCUACAACCCCUGUCCCUCCUUCCAUCCCCAAGCGGCCCGAUUCUCGGUCUGCGUUGUACGAUUCUGGUCAUGAGACUAUGGUUGUUGAUGAGGUUGAGGGUGUGCUGUUGAAUGUUAAUAAUAACCUUUCAGUUUUGGGGUUGCAGCAGCAGAGGCAGCAGAAGGGGUAUAUCUCUGGUGAGGAGGAUGAGUUCUCCCAGCAACAGCGUAGAAGGCCUGUUUCGUAUCACCCUGACGGGCCCGCCGCGAAGAACAAUACUGGUGGCAAUGGGCUGGGGCAGAAACAGGGGUUAGGACAUGGACAUGAUCGGUAUAGCAGUUAUGACUACGGUGUCCCCAUUAACUAUCGCACCGGUGCCUCAGAGUACUAUGACGACCUCGACGGCAGCGACUCUUCAAAGGCCGCCAAGGUCGAGGUUCGUGUUGAUUCGUCUGCUGUUCAUAACGAACCCACCCGACCUGUCUCGUUGCAGCACCCCUCCCAGACCCGUCUCUCACGUCAAGAGCAGAUGUUGAAGCGGUCGUCGCAAGUAAUCCCCGUGCACCACAAGUACAACCACAAGAACAGCUCGAGCACAACUCUUGUCGAACCCCAACAGGCGGCUAUGACUCCUCCACCCCAAAAGGAAAUGACAAACGAGGAGCGCGAGAAGCUUGAGAAGGUGUUCAAGAAGAAGCGGUCUAUGUCGGAGAAGUACGGUCCUGGUGGUGCUCCACCACCUGCGAGGUUGGAGAUUGUGACUUACCAUGGAAACAACUCGCAGGGGUACCCGUAUGGUGAUGAUGGGUCGUCGGAUGGUGGAAGUAUCCUGAAGAAGGGUAAAGGACGAUGGAUCGAUCGGCCCUGUGGAUGCCUCCCAGCUGGGCUGAUCACCUUCCUCGCCUUCAAGUUCUCGCUCCUCUACAACGGUGCCCUCGGUGCCAUCCUCUUCCAAGCCAGUCAAUUCCACGAGGUCGGAAUGAGCCCAAUCUAUGCCUUCACAAUCACAUACUUUGUCGCAACCAGCAUCUCAGCCCUAGGCCUCAUCACAGUCGGAAUUCUUGCCAGCAGAAACUACCACUCGGGCAAAUCCAUCCCCUCCCGAAUCCCCCUCCGGAUCUUCAAACUCGUUCACGCCCUCUACCUCCUCUGCUCCGUCCUCAUCACCACCGUCUGCAUGCUCUCCUGGCUAGCCCUUAACAACUCCCAAACCGGCUCCUGGACCCGACUCCAACUGCCCUCUACCCCUGCUACCACGUCCGACCCCUCCUUCAUCUCCCAUGCGCCCAUCCUAAGCAUCGAAUCGAUCCUGAAACCAGACCCGGACCACCCGGGCUGGUUGGUCGUUAACCCUUGGUUGUGGAUAGCGGCGUUUGUGGCGUUGGGACUGGUCCAGUUGUAUUUCUGGUUCUGUAUGGUCGCCUAUGCGAGGAGCCAUCUUGCCCAGUGGAGGAGUGGGUUCCAGACCCGCAUGAGGAGGUUGGAGGCCAUGAGGGCUUUGGAGGAUGGCGUCGGACGUGCGGAUUCGAUCAAGACUCGCUAA